AUGCAUUCCUCAACCAUUUUCACGGUCGCCAUUGCUGCUUUUGGCUUCUUUGGCGAAGCUUCAGCGUACUGCAACUGGAAUAAGAAGACUGUCGAGAACUGCUGUUAUCGCGAUAACGACGCAAGAGUCAGGCAAGGCGGUUAUAUUAACUUCCCGCAAGGCACAAUCUGCCCUGAAUCCCACUCGAAUACCUGUGGCGCGGACUGCUGCACCUUUGAUACUGGUCUGGGUAUCGGCUGCCCCAAGUAG